CCGGCCCCUCUGCCCCGCCCGCGCCGCUGCGCCGCCGUGCCCCGGAGGGGCUGCAGGGCCGGGCGCGUCCGCGAGGGGCGAGGGCGGCGGCGGCCCCCCGGGACAAUGCGCUGAGCGCUCGGGGCAGCGGCAAGCAAAGUUGCGGUAGAAGAUGAACAACGCCGAAAUCACAAAGCCACCACUAGCACCGAAACCAAAGAUUAUUGGUCAUCUUUCUCCAGUAGCUGUCUCCAAAUUUUCUCCUUCACUGCCAAGGGCUGAUAUUCUUCAUAGCCCAAACUCUAUGUCGAGGGGUCCCAAACCACCUAUCGCUCCCAAGCCAAAAUUGUCAGCUGACACUGAGGGCAAAUCAGGUGUUUAUACCAACAAUAACUUAAAUAAAUGCUCAAAUGGGAAACUGGUAUGUCUUGAUGGAGAGCUGUAUGAAGGAAACCAAUGCAGUGCUGAUUGCUCAGAAUCUGAGGCAGAAAAUGAAUACAUUGUAGUUCCUGAAGCUCAGCUGACCAGCAAAGACUGUGAUGACUUGGAACAUGAGCAUGAUCAGAACCUAGAUUUCUCUGUGGAAAAUGAAGUCUUGGGAACUCCACAAGAGCUAGAGAUGGAAGAGAAUAUCAUUGCUAAUGAUGAGGAUACCAGUGAUCGAGAAGCCAUGGAAGAUGAACACCAUAACUCUUCAGAUAUUGCUGAAUCAAUGGAACCACACUCUGAAGAGUCAACCAGAGACUGUGACCAGUCUGAAGCACUUUGUGAGGAGUCCUCAAAUGCCCCUGAUGGGGAUAGUGAUGCUUCCAAAAAUGUAAAUGAGGAGGAGGAGGACGUAGGUGAUUAUAGUGAAACCAAAAACAAGGAGGACACUUCUAACAACCUGGAACUGGUUAAGGACAACAGUGAUUUUAAGACUGACACUGAUAACACUAUAAAUAGGGAUGAGGAACUAAUGGGUGAUAUGCUUAAAGAUACCACUGUAAUGCCACUACCUGCAGACGAAUCAAUCCCAGGUUGUGAGAAGGCAGGACAGGAGGAGGAGGAACUGCUGGAGAUUUUAGAAAAGGGAGAUGGGUGUCUAGCACAUGAUGGUGACCACACUGCACAUGCAAAGCUUGAUUUAAACAUAGAAGGGGACUUAGAAAAUGAUGGCUGUGCAAGCCCUGACAUGCUGCCUGAUAAGGCCAAUGAAGAAAUCACUCCUGGCAUAGAACCAUGUGAAGAUGAACCCAGUGCUGAAAGUGGUUUAGGAGCGUCCAUCCACCAAGCAGUAGCUGAAGAGGAAGAAGCAGACCCAAAUGAGUCCAAUAAUACAAACACAGGAAAUGACGGGGAUGGCUGCCAGAUCACUGAGAGGAGUGAUGAGAAGACAUCAGAGGUAGCCUGUGAAGCAAGCAACAACUCUGGGAGAGGAGAAGAGGAAACUGUGAAUGCACAGAGUAUGGAUGAUAGCUGUCAAAAUGCUCCGUGUGAGAAUGAAUGUGAUGAGGAAAUACCCAUGGGACAUUCAGAUGAGAAUCUUCAAACAGAAGGGAUCUCUCUGGAUGAAGAUGGUGGGAUCUCUGAAAGUCUACCUACUAGUCCAGGGAUGGAGCCUGAGCUGGAAAAUGUGACUGUUGAAGAGCAUGGUGAAAGUAUGGUGGAAACCUCUAAUUCAGAUAAGCUGCAACUUGAAGACAAUGAGGUAGAAGCAAACAGCCUCAGUCAAAGUGUCCCAAGUCCACCUCAACAGAUCCCACUUGAGGAAGAGUUAGGAGUCUGUAAGCAUGGCAAAAUGAAUGUCGAAUGUGGGACCAGUCAUGUCUUGCAUGAAAAUCUAGCAGUUCCUGAAGUGGUGAUUGUGCCUGAAGAAUGUGAGGAAAAAGAAACUAACAGCGAUUCCCUAGAUGACCCUUACGUGCUUCCUACAGAAAAUGAAAUUGCUUAUGAUGGGCAGACUGAUUUAGGAGCUGAUCACAAUAAACAGGAUGAAUUGGGCAUGGAUGGUGAAAACAACUUGCUGCCCAUUGAUCGUAAAAGUAUUGUCACCAGGACACGGUCGCUCUCUGGGAAAAUGCCAGGCUACGUCCCAGAAACAGUGCCAGAAGAAACUGGACCUGAAACUGGUUUGCCAUCUUCCCACAAUGGCCCUGGUACAGAUUUAAGCAAUAGCUUUUUUACAGUGGAAGGAAAACCAAUGGAAGCCAACAGGGCAUUACGAACGAAGUCAAGACGUUUCAUUUUAUAUCCUCGAUCUUACUCUGUUGAGGGGAGAGAGAUACCUGUCUCUGUUUACAGAGAAAGUGAUGGCUGUGUACUGGACGAUGGUAGAAUAAAAAGGACAGAAGACAAUUUGUCGUUGCCUUGUGUCAAUGGCUCCUCUGGUAGUUUUUCCCAGAGAAAUCAUCCUUCAUCAUGUGGCCUAUCUACUCCAUCCUCAGUUGUGGAUAUACCACCUCCUUUUGAACUUGCCUACAUCACCAAAAAGCCAAUCACUAAAAGUUCCCCUUCACUUUUGAUAGAGAAUGAUUCACCUGAUAAGUAUUCCAAGAAAAAGAAGUCUUCCUUUAAGAGGUUCCUCACUCUAAAAUUCAAGAAAAAAGCUGAAAGUAAAGUCCAUGUAGAUGUUAAUGUUUCCUCUUCAAGGUCCUCAUCAGAGUCCAGCUAUCAUGGGCCUCCAAGGCUGAUGGAGCUGGACAGGAGAAGCCUAAGUAACUCACCUCAACUAAAAUCACAUGUGGGCAAACUCCGUGCAUCUGAGUCUCCCUCAGCUGUGCUUUUCUAUAAGGACAGUAAAAGAAAAGGAACACCCAAGUCCUUCAGCAGGAGUGUGUCAAGAGUGGAAUCUUUCGAGGACCGGACCAGACCUCCUUUCAUGCCACUCCCAUUAACAAAGCCCAGGUCCAUUUCUUUUCCCAAUGCUGACACAUCUGACUAUGAGAACAUUCCUGCUAUGAGCUCUGAUUAUGAAAACAUACAAAUUCCUCCUCGAAGAUCCACCAGAGCAGGAACUUUUACUGAAUUUUUUGAAGAUCCCAGCAGGGCAAUAUCUGCUGCUAAUGAGAAUGAUGGCUAUGUGGAUAUGAGCAGCUUCACUGGCUUUGAGAACAAGCAGCAAAUCACAGACCAGGAAACAGAAAGUGCCUACACUGAGCCCUACAAGGUGUGCCCACUCUCUGUCAUAUCGAUGGAGGUCGUCACAUCAGAUGAGGAACAGAAGAGUUCAGAAGAUGAGGAGAGCAGCCCUGGUGAUCCCAGCCUCAUCAACAAGAAAGAAGGCCAGUCCAGAGCUUACCUCAUUGCCCAGGAGCUGAUGUCUUCCGAAAAAGCAUAUGUGGAGAUGCUCCAGCUGUUGUGUAUGGAUUUCUAUGAACGUAUCUUGAAAGUGCUUGAAGGAGGAGAUGAAAAUGAACAGGAAGAAGUUAAACUCAAGCAGGGCUUAAGUGAACUCCCUGAAAUCUAUGAAUUACACCAAGACAUUCUGGGAGAAUUGGAAGAAAAAGUCCUUAAAUGGGAGGAACACCAGAAAGUUGCCGAUGUUUUUCUCUCCAGAAAAUCAAGGCUGAAUCACCACACAGCAUACAUUAUGCAGUUUGAUAGGAAUUUGGCUUUGCUGGAUGAAACCUGCGUUAAAUGUUCCCAAGCGGCUGCCAUAAUUCAGGAGUUUGAGCAGAGCUCUGGUAGCAGCCCUCAGAGUGUGAAACACCAGCUCUUGAAAGUGGUGCAGCGUGUCUUUCAGUAUCGUGUGCUGCUCACAGAUUACUUGAAUAAUCUUUGCCCUGAUUCUACAGAGUAUGAAGCCACACAAGCUGCCUUAUUCAUCGUUUCUGAAAUCACAGACCGAGCCAAUGACAGCAUGCUCCAAGCGGAAAACUUGCAGAAGCUGAUACACAUUGAGCACAGUGUGAGAGGGCAGAGCGGUCUCCUCCAGCCAGGAAGGAUCUUUGUUAAAGAAGGAACACUGAUGAAAGUCUCUGGCAAACACAGACACCCUCGGCACUUGUUCUUGAUGAAUGAUGUUCUGCUGUACACAUAUCCCCAGAAGGAUGGCAAAUACAGACUGAAAAAGACCUUCGCUGUGUCAGGCAUGAAGGUCAGCCGUCUAGUGACAGAAAAAGCCCAAAACGUCCUGAAGAUUGAAUGUGAUGAAUACUGCCUGACCCUGUCCGCAAGCUCUUGCUCGGAAAGGGAUGACUGGUACAGCUGCAUAAGCAGACACAUCCCAGAUGACUACAAAGCUCACAACGCUUCCACUUUUCACAGCAGCGUGGAGCUAAGGGAAAGGCUUGGAAUACCCUUGGGUGAGAGGCCUCCCACUCUGGUACCUGUGUCCCACGUCAUGAUGUGCAUGAACUGUGGCUGCGACUUUACCCUCACUUUGAGACGACAUCACUGCCAUGCAUGUGGGAAGAUUGUAUGCCGAAACUGUUCAAGAAACAAGUACCCUAUGAAGUACCUCAAAGAUCAAGCAGCCAAAGUCUGUGAUAGCUGCUAUGGGGAACUUAAGAAAAGAGAGCGGCCACUGAGUGUGAGCUUCCCUCCAACUUCAUCCAGGUGUUCAAGCAGUGCCUUCUCCUCUGUCUUCCACAAUAUGCAUUAUUCAUCUUUUAAGAAACAGAAGAAAAUUCCUUCAGCUCUUACAGAGGUGGCAGCCUCAGAAGAGGGAGCUACCAUCAGCGGUUACCUCAGCAGAUCUAAGAGAGGCAAAAGACAAUGGAAGAAACGCUGGUUUGUUAUCAAAGGCAAAGUCCUCUACACCUACAUAGCAAAUGAGGACAAAGUUGCCACAGAAAGUUUGCCUUUGCUGGGUUUCACCAUCACCCCAGAAAAGGAGGAAGGAAAUACGGAUACAGUUUUCCAUCUCUACCACAAGCAGACUCUCUUUUAUAGCUUCCGAGCAGAGGAUAACAAUUCAGCACAAAGGUGGAUUGAAGCCAUGGAAGAAGCAUCCAUAUUAUAGCAGCUAUCACUCAAUGAACUUGGAACAAAUUCUCAGACUUUUAUACUUUUCCAGCAACACUCCCUAUCUUACAAAACUGAACAGUGUAUUUCAGGCAAACUGGCUACGUACACUGGAUAUGAACUGUUUCCAGAUCGCUCCUUUUCCUUCCUCCUUCUUACAUUCGCAUAGAUAAUAUUUAUGGUGAUCUUUAUAUCUGUGCAAGUUCAACCUGCACUAUAAGCUUCUUCUCCAAUUCCAUAGUAAACUAAGUCUAACAUCAAGACAAGAAAACACAUGGAAAUACUGACUACAGUAAGUAACAGGCUUAGUUUUACUCACUCUAGAGCACUGUCAUAUUUAAUUGGAUUGGUUUUGAUGUCUACCAUGAAAUGAGACAAUGUAGUAAACAACAAAUGCUCAUUUAAAGCACUUUAUUUUUAUUGAACUAUAACUUCAGUUUUUCAUGUUUCGAA